AGAUAUCCAUACAGUCAAACAGAGUUGACAAGAAUUAACAGACGUAAGCCAAUAAAUAUUUGUUUAUUCUGGUUUGUAUAAAUAAUAUCUAAAAAACAGUACAAAAUGUUUUAUUUUCUCUUUCUUUCAUAAUAGUAUUUUAAAAUAAGUACAUGCGUAAUUUAUUUUACUUUAAAAAAGAUUUCUACAAUAAAACUUGACAAUGGCGUCGCAAGGUGUAACAAAUUAUAAUACUAUAAAUGAAAAAACGGAACACCUAUAUAAAAUAUUAGUAAUUGGUGAACUUGGUGCCGGUAAAACUUCUAUUAUUAAACGCUAUGUUCAUCAGUUUUUUUCUCAGCAUUACAGAGCUACGAUCGGAGUCGAUUUCGCACUAAAAGUUUUAAACUGGGAUCCUGCCACGAUCAUUCGUUUACAGUUGUGGGAUAUAGCAGGUCAAGAACGAUUCGGCAAUAUGACACGUGUGUAUUACAAAGAAGCAGUUGGUGCAUUCAUAGUUUUUGAUGUUACAAGAAGUGCAACAUUUGAUGCGGUUGUCAAAUGGAAGCAAGACUUAGAUUCAAAAGUUCAAUUAUCUGAUGGGUCUCCAAUACCGUGUGUUUUAUUGGCCAAUAAAUGUGAUCAGCAAAAAGAAGGCAUUGUUAAUCUACCUAUUAAAAUGGAUGAUUACUGCAAGGAAAAAAAUUUUGCAGCUUGGUUUGAAACAUCUGCAAAAGAAAAUAUUAAUAUUGAAGAAGCAGCAAAAUUUCUUGUCCAUAAAAUCUUGCAGAAUGAUAACAUCAAAGACAAUAGUAUAGAUGAACAUUAUGAUGGAAUCAAGUUAUCUCUUAAUCAAUCGCCUGACCGUUUAAAGAAAAUAUGUUACUGCUGACAUUGUUAGCGCAAAUAUGCUAAUAGAAAAUAAUAUAAAAUAUAUAUUUGCUAUAAACUGUUACAAAUAUUCAUUUAUAAUACCAUCAAUUCUUUAUCAUUAGCUCGCAACCUGACAGUAUAGAAAACUUCAGUGACUUUGUAGUAAUUUUUGCAAAUUUUGUAUCGAUUACAUUCUUCUUUAAUUUAGCUUUUAAAUUGUAUUUUUAACUAAAUUUAAAUAAAUGUGUAAUAAAAUUAUUAUCAAA